CACACCGGAAGUUGAAAUAUCAGCUGAUCGAGGUGUUUUUGAUGGAAGUUGCCGUUGGAUCUGUGCGAGGCUUUUUGUUUGUUUGUUGGUGUUGUAUUGUGUUGGGCUGACUAUAAACCUCAGCGGGACUGAAGUAUAAAUGCAGGUUUAAUUAGUGCGACGGAAUCGCGGAGGGAAUUGAGGCUUUCUGAAUAGUCUGGUGUCAGUGUUUUGAAAUUCGCUAGCUGUUGAACAUCACUGAAGAAAGAAAACAAGGCUAGGCGAGUCACUGUGUGUUUGUGUUGAAUCCGUUAGCUAAUUGAACUACCAGUAGUCUGAACCUGAGAGCAACGGCAGCUAAACUAGCUAGCUUGGUUCAUUAAACCGUAGCUGUAUGCUGAAUUAAAACAGCAGAGUAAAGCAAAUAAAAAGAACGUGUUUUUAGUUCAGGGGGCGACUAGGUUGUAAAAACUGUGUGUGUGUGUGUGUGUGUGUGUGUGUGUGUGUGUGUGUGUGUGUGUGUGAGAGAGAGAGAGAGAGAGUGAGAGAGUGUGAGAGAGAGAGAGAUAUUUCUAUUAACCGCUGGACUGAGUGGAAAGACAACCUGUAAGCAUUCGCGCCUCACACAUGUUGAUGUAUUUAUGCCACGUUGUCAUUUUAAAUAUGUCUUUUUAGGUGAAUGUGCUUGUAUUGCGUUAGCUAGUAUUUUCAUGCCGAUAUCUAGAACACAUUUCAAAGCCCGAGGAGGUUGAUGUGGACUGUGCCAGAGGUGCAGGUGAAACUGAGGCUUGUGUAGCAGGAGUUUUUAGUCUGUGGUGUGAGAGAGGAAAGGUCCAGCUCUGGCCCAGGCCGAGAAGCCCGCUGAAAACCCAAUGCUGGAUCUGGAGGUGGUUCCUGAGCGCUCUUUGGGAAAUGAACAAUGGGAAUUCGCAUUAGGAAUGCCAUUGGCCCAGGCCAUUUCCAUCUUGCAGAAGCACUGCCGAAUUAUCAAGAACGUCCAGGUGCUCUACAGUGAACAAAUGCCACUCGGUCAUGACCUCAUACUCAACUUGACUCAGGAUGGAAUUAAACUGCUGUUUGAUGCUUGCAAUCAAAGACUGAAGGUUAUUGAAGUGUAUGACUUGACCAAGGUGAAACUGAAAUAUUGUGGAGUACAUUUUAACUCUCAGGCAAUAGCACCCACCAUAGAGCAGAUUGACCAGUCCUUUGGCGCUACUCAUCCAGGAGUGUACAAUGCUGCAGAACAGCUCUUCCAUCUGAACUUCCGAGGUCUCUCGUUCUCCUUCCAGCUAGACUCGUGGAGCGAAGCCCCGAAAUACGAGCCUAACUUUGCCCAUGGCUUGGCCUCCCUGCAGAUUCCUCAUGGGGCUACAGUGAAGAGGAUGUAUAUUUACACUGGAAACAACCUCCAAGAAACCAAGGCUCCUGGGAUGCCCCUGGCCUGUUUUCUCGGUAAUGUGUAUGCAGAAUGUGUGGAUGUUCUGAGAGAUGGAACAGGGCCUCUGGGUCUCAAACUGAGGAUCCUCACUGCAGGCUGUGGUCCAGGUGUGUUGGCUGAUGCGAAAGUGCGGGUGCUGGAAAGGAACAUCUAUUUUGGUGAUUCGUGUCAGGAUGUUCUGAGUGCUCUGGGCUCCCCACAUAAGGUUUUCUACAAGUCUGAGGACAAGAUGAAGAUCCACUCUCCUUCACCACACAAGCAAGUCCCAUCUAAGUGUAAUGACUACUUCUUCAACUACUUCACCCUGGGAGUGGACAUACUGUUUGACUCCACGACCCACCUGGUGAAGAAGUUUGUUCUUCACACCAAUUACCCUGGCCAUUACAAUUUUAACAUAUAUCAUCGAUGCGAUUUUAAGAUUCCACUCAUCAUUAAAAAAGAUGGACCUGAUGCUCAGGAGGAAGACUGUAUGCUCACCACCUACAGCAAGUGGGAUCAGAUCCAGGAGUUAUUGGGACACCCUAUGGAGAAACCAGUGGUGCUUCAUAGGUCAUCAUCCGCUAAUAACACCAAUCCCUUCGGAUCAACGUUCUGCUACGGGCUGCAGAGGAUGAUCUUUGAGGUGAUGCAGAAUAACCACAUAGCAUCAGUGAGCCUGUACGGAGCCCCUCGCCCUGCCAGCCUUCCUCGUGCCGAACCGAGUGCUCACUGAGAUUCCCGUCCUGCCCAGUAGGGCCCACCAGCGCAGUGUGCCUUCCCUCGCUGCUGCCAUCACACAAGCUAGAGUCAUGUGCCGGGUGUUCCCCAGCCAUCCUCCUUCAUCCUUCUGCUGCACACCAGGAUGGGUGUCUUCCCUGACCCCCUUUAUAGAAACACACAACAGACUGCAUUACUUCUUCUUCUCCCUUUCUCCUCCAUUUUUGUCAGUGUCAGCAUAGCACAGUGGAGCAUUUAUCCCCUCAAAACACCCACAGUUGAACUUGUACGUUAAUAAGCAUUGUGCAUACAUUUUGCAGGUUUAGAGAAGCUGCUAUGGCUUUAUAUUUCUACAUUUGUCCUAUGUAAAACACAUGCAUUUCAUGACUGGUUGCUUUAUUGCACAUUACGCACUCUUUAUACACACAUUCAGUUCAUUUCAGUACAGCAGUGACGGCACGCACAUCUAACACAGAUCUAUACAUGGCGCAUUGGCAUCCACUGCAUGAAUAAAGUGUUGCUUUAUGUUUUUUUUUUUUUUUUUUUUUAAAAGGUUAGGGCUGUGUGAUGUACAUUUAUUACAAGCACAAAUGAGUUGCACAGUGAUGAAGUGCGUCAUUGCUGUGAAUGUUUUCUUGGCCUGAGUUUCUCACGUACAGACAGAAGUAUACGCAGGUUAAGUACACAGCAUGGGUUUUCUCCCUUUGUAAUGCUGUGCAGUGCAAUCUUCAGCGUAGCAUUAGGUUGGUUGCCCAUCAUCGUUGUGUGCAGUUUUAAGGUAAAGCAUUGAUUUUUAACAUUUGCACUAAACAUGCAUCACAUUUACUUGACAUUUGUCUUGACUUGUUUCCACACAGGACUGUUGACUGGAUUAUUGAGUGUGGGAGGGAGAGAUUAUGUGAAAGAGAGAAAGAGGACAGCAGAGAAACAUUGAUUUUCAAGCUCUUAAACGCAGUCCUCGCCUUUCUGGAUCUCAUAUGUCCACCACCCCCAACCCCCCCACACACACACAAACACACACACACACUUUCUAUACUCCCUUUCUUCCUGCUAGUUGAUUUAAUCUCCUACAUUUUCAACCAUUUCAACUCGAUCCUUUUUUUUAUUUGCCAAAACAUUAGCCAAAGAAGGAAGAAGAACAGGCAGAUCAUCUUAAUUUACAAGAGUUUUUUGUUUCAGUUACUCCCCCUACAUCCUUAUUAUUAUUAUUAUUAUUAUCAUCAUCAUCAUCAUCAUCAUCAUCAUCAUCAUCAUCAUCAUUAUUAUAUACUCUUGUACACUUAUUUAAAGUUCUUUUAUUACUAGAUAUAUCCCAUCCUAUGUUGUUCUGUGUUUUUUUUCCUUGUUUCUGGUCUACAGAGGACUGCUGUCAGACUUGCUGUACCAGACAGACGUGAGGUUUUCCACGGUACUCUGCUGCCAUGUCCGUUUAUGUACAGAUCUGUAAAUAGUGUAUUCUUAAAGUCUUGUCCUUUUAAGCUCAAGGUACCAUGUUGGGUUCAGAUCAAGUUGCACUCUGGAAAUCUCUCGUCAUAUAUGCUUCAUAUUGUCCUUUCAAAUGGAAAGAAUUCUGAGUUUUCAAACCGGGUGGUUCAGAUGGACACUAUAGCAGCGUCCCAUGUUUGACCAUUGUUGGGAGGCGAUGUGAGAUGACUGCAGUGCUUACAGGACCGUGUUAGUAUUUUAUGUUCAUCCAAAUAAAUGGAGUCUAAUCAUCCAGCACUUGUUGGUGGUUCCCUUGCUAAAUAAAACACACCGGAUUCACCUCGUUACCAGGUUUAGAGUUGUGUUUAACGAGGCAAGUCGGUAAACCAUGCUGCAGUCUCUCUCUCUAGGUCCCUUGUUUUUAAAAUUAAAGCAGAGCCCCACAGUGUCGGAUGCUUCUAGACAGAAAUGUGGGGAUGUUUUCUUCUGUAGCAGGAGUGUCAGCCUCCACUGAACAAAUCUUUGCAGCUCUGUGUUCUGCAGUAUGUGAUGCAGGUGUAUGUUGGGCAUUGAUUGGUUGGUUUCACGAGUUGUGAAAGAAGGCUGUGGUUCAUGUUCAGUUUUCAGUAAGGCAAAAAAAAAAUCAAAAGUUGGAACCACUGUUAACGCUGUCAUCUCCCACCAAGCUUGAUUGAGUGUAAAUAAAAUUAUUUAAACUGUUUUGUGUAUGAUUGAGCAUGUACAGGUAAACUCUAAAACCAGUGGACUGUCUGUUACAGCCAUCUUGCACCAAAAAAACAAACAAACAAAAAAAAAACUACAUGAGUAUGUAUGAAAGGAAAAAUGUCACGAAGGGCUGAGAAAAUGAAGUCAUGAAUCAAAGUUCAAACGUACUUUGGUACAACCAUGGAAGUUCUGUUUACCUGUAAAGACACAUUUUUAAAUUCGUUGCUCCAGAUUAUUCCCAGCAGGUCGUCAGCUCUUCGUGACUCGACGUUCACUCUGAUGGUUGUGAUGUUUCUAUGGAACAAAAAACGCGCACUUUCAUAGAAUCUAUUUGAAGUUCUUAUGAACAGCUUUUACAUUCAUAAGAAGGUAUUUUUUUACAUGCACAACUGGAGUCUCGAGUUCAGAAGUUCAUCCAGGAAAUUCUGAGAAGAAGCAGCACAACCACUCAGUCAUACCAUUUAGAAAAUGUUAGGAGAGAGUAGUUUGAUGGGCUGAUUUGCCUGCCCAGUCUCAGGUGGAUCUUUUUUGAUGUUGGGAGCAAGUGAAUGCUUCAUUUUCAUCAACAUUCUUGCUUAUUUCCUGUUUUUGACUUUAUGCGAAUGUUGCAUUGGAAUGAUUAAAAAAAUGGAACUUCUGUUCAGUGUGAUGCACAUAUAAAUGCUUGUAUGUAUUGUAUUCCUGACAUGUUGUAUGUUUUCACCCCUAACCCCCCCUUUCUCCAAAGUAGUAAUUUUUUUGUGGAUUCAGUAUAUUUGGCCCAUUUCUGGAAAUGGGAUUCUUAAUUAAACAUUGUGAAUCAUGAUUCAUUGCAACGUGGUGUUUCCUAUUUCGCAAGUAGCAUUUAGAAAUUUGCUAAAAAUUUAUCAGGCAUACAUUCUGUUGGGUUUUUUUUGUUGUUGUUGUUGUUGUUGUUGUUGUUGUUGUUCAUUUGUUUUUAAAGCAAUAACCCUAGCUGUCGUGAAUGAUUCAUGGAAAGGGCCAGCUAUAAGCUUGCACAAGGCCUUUGAAUCCAUGCAAAAAUGCUGUGACUAGUUUUUCUCUCGUCUAGUCUACUGAAAGCACGAUAUUUGCAAUUUUAUAAACUGCAUUAACUUUUGUUCAUUAAACAUUGUUACAGUGUGUUCAGCAAGACUAAUAUUUGAAGACUGGAUGUAAUAAAUGGGCAAAAUUCUGGUGUUUGG